AUGGGGAAAACUGCAAAACAAACCAAAAAGUUUCAAAAUAAACAUUUGAAACAUACAAUAGAGCAUAGAAAGAAAGUACAAGAUUUUAAUAAAAAAGCAGCGAAAAGAAGAGGUAAUAAAAAUGGUAAAAAUGAAGAUAAUAAACCUACACGUCCUAAUGGUAAAAGUAACGAAGUUUUUGAAGAUAUGUCAAUAGAUGAUUUCCUUGAAAGUGGGUUUGAAGUACCUAAAGAAAAGAAAAAGAGCAGAAAAAAUCAUAUUGAAGAAGAGUCAUCAUCCGAAGAAGAAGAUGAAGAAGCUAUGAAGGAAAAUUUAAAAUCAUUGGAAGAAAAAGACCCCGAAUUUUAUAAAUAUUUGCAAGAAAAUGAUAAUGAAUUGUUAGAUUUUGAAGGUGUCAAUCCAUUGGAUGCAAUUAGUGAGGAUGAAGAUGAUGAAGAAGAAGAUGAAGAAAAAGAAGUAGUUGAAAAUAAACAAGAAUUAGGUUCAAAAAUUGAAAUUACACCAGAAUUGAUCAAAAAAUGGAAUACUCAAUUGGAAAAACCAUCACCAAAAAUUAUCAGAAAUAUCAUCAUUGCAUUUAAAGCUGCUGUCAACAUUAAUAAUUCUGAAGGUGAAGAUUAUAAAUAUGCAGUUACCAACCCCAAAGCGUUCACAGAACUAAUGUUUUUAGUAUUGAAGAAAGUACCUAUUUCUAUACAGAAAUUAGUCAAAUAUAAGACAAAUCAUCAAGGUGUUAGAACGUUACCACAAAAGAAUCAAAAUGUAACUCAAUUAGGCACUAUAUUAAAAACUCAUGCUGGUUCAUUUAUAACUUUAUUAAAAGACAUAACCAAUACUGAAACUGCAGCUUUAGUUUUAGCAUCAAUUUAUGAAGUUUUCCCAUACUACGUAUCUUAUAGAAGGUUAUUAAAACAAAUAAUAUCUGCUGUUGUUGAUGUAUGGGCAAGCACUCCCGAAAUUGAUACACAAAUAGCAACAUUUGCAUAUUUAAACAAUAUAGCAAAAGAAUAUCCAAAAUCAGUUUUAGAAACUAUAUUAAAAUUAACGUAUUCAUCAUUAUUACAAAACUGUAGAAAAACAAAUGUUCAUAGUAUGGCACAAAUUAAUUUUUGUAAAAAUUCAGCUACUGAAUUAUUUGGUAUUGAUGAAACUUUAAGUUAUCAAGUUGGAUUUGAAUAUGUUAGACAAUUGGCUAUCCAUUUAAGAAAUAGUAUAAAUGCUACUUCAAACUCAAAAGAAGGUUAUAAAACUGUUUAUAAUUGGCAAUAUUGUCAUUCUUUAGAUUUCUGGUCCAGAGUUUUAUCUCAACAUUGUAAUCCUGAAAAAGAAUUGCAAUUCCAUAAAAAUAAAGAAUCACCAUUAAGACAAUUAAUUUAUCCAAUAGUUCAAGUUACAUUAGGUACGAUAAGAUUAAUUCCAACUGCUCAAUUUUUCCCAUUAAGAUUUUACUUAAUCAGGUCAUUAAUUAGAAUAUCUCAAUCAACAGGUGUUUUCAUUCCAUUGUUCCCAUUAAUUUUAGAAAUUUUGACAUCAACUGCCAUGACAAAAGCACCAAAAUCAUCAAACUUACAAGCUGUUGAUUUUGAUCAUAAUAUUAAAGUAAAUCAAGCUUAUUUAGGUACAAGAAUUUAUCAAGAAGGUUUAUGUGAACAAUUUAUAGAAUUAACCAGUGAAUUCUUUGGUUUAUAUGCUAAAAAUAUAGCAUUCCCUGAAUUAGUUACACCUGCGAUCUUAUCAUUAAGAAGAUUCACCAAGAAAUCUAAAAAUGUUAAAUUUAAUAAACUGUUACAACAAUUGAUUGAAAAAUUAAAUGCAAAUGCUAUUUUAAUAUCACAAAAGAGAUCGAAUGUUGAAUAUGGACCAUCAAAUAAAACUGAAGUUCAAAUGUUCCUUAAUGAUUUUGCAUGGGAUAAAACUCCAUUGGGUCAAUACAUUGUUGUUCAAAGAAAUAUAAAAGAAGAAAGACUCAGACUAUUAAAAGAAGCUCAAGAAGAGGAAGAAAAGGCUAAAGCUGAACAAAAAAGAAAAGAAGAAGAAGAAGAGGAUAUAGUUAUAGAUGAUGAUGAGGAAUAA